GUGACGUACACGGAAGUAAACAGAAACGCAUUGACUCUUCAAGUGUCCACUGUGUUGCGCUUUAAUAUUAUAACGUGACACUGUGGGGGGGGCAAUACAAAUUAGUGUCGCUGCGACAAACAUUUACAUGACUGACUUGAUAAAUGCGAGCAGAGGGGAAGUGUGCUGACUAUGACUUUAGCUCGGCUGCUAGCAUGUCGGCUAGCUACCCCACACCGCUGUACGCUCACGCCGCACGGGGAGACUUUCGCGAUGUGUACGAGCCGUCGGAAGAUUCGUUCCUACUCAUCGACUCGCUGGAGAAAGAUGCAGCCAAGCUCCAGCUGAUGAGGCCGUGCGUCUGCUUGGAGGUGGGCAGCGGCUCCGGAGUGGUGUCCGCUUUUCUUGCAUCCGUGCUCGGACCUGCGUCGGUCUGUUUUUGCACGGAUGUGAAUCGCACAGCAGCGCUGUGCAGCGCCAAGACGGCGUCGUGCAACAACGUGACCCUGGAGCCCGUCAUCACAGACCUGGUGGAGUGUUUCCUACCCCGUUUAAGCGGACAAGUGGAUGUGCUGCUGUUCAAUCCCCCAUAUGUGGUCACACCGUCCAGUGAGGUGGGAAGCACAGGUAUCGAAGCUGCCUGGGCGGGUGGGAGGCAAGGCCGCGAGGUGAUUGAUAGGUUUCUACCUGUCGUGUCCCAGUUGUUGUCCAGUGGCGGGCUGUUCUACUUGGUCACCAUAGCGGAGAACGAUCCAGAGGAGAUCAUCCAGGUACUGAGUGGACACGGCCUGCACGGAAACCCACACCUGUCGACCAGAGCUGGAAACGAAAGACUUACAGUCCUUUGCUUCCACAAGAGCCAACAGGCUUGACCCUUGACCUUUAAGAGUGUCUCCCCAUGCGGAGUACGCCACACACGUUUCUGCUCAUAUUUUAUUGUCUUUUUACGGGACAACACUAAAGAAACCACACUUGGAUAGAAUGUAAAGUAGUCAGUGUACAGCUUGUACAAGCGUGUGAAUACGCUCCCCUCAAAAGACCCUUGCUCAUCCAAUCAGCAGUCAGAACUAAGCCAAGGUGCAUUCACUGCCUUAUAGUCAGUCGGAUAUUUUAAACCCUUUUCAAAAAUGAGCACGAAAAUAUUCACACCUUGAGCCCAAUUUUUUUAGGGGACAGCAAAUGUACACCGACUACUGUGGAUUUGGUUCCAAGUGCGUGAGAAGAUAAGAGUUGCAGACGUGUGAGGCCAGCACUCACUUUUCUUAAUGUUUUUUUUUUUUUUUUUU